UCUAUAUAUAAAUAUAAUUAAUUUUAAUACGUUGAAUAUUUUUCAGUUUCUAUCUUAGUUUUUGGAACCGCCUUGGCGCGGGAUCGGCAGAAAUGCAAGCGAAAGAAAAAUGUUUGAAGACGACAUGCAUAGUAUUGCAGAUUAUAUGCUUUAUCGCCGGUGCUGUUGUACUCGGCCUUGGCAUCUGGGCUAUCCACGAUGACAGCCUGACGAAGCUGAUCGACAAAGUUAUGUUCGCUGGCAUGUACGUUCUCAUUGUUGCCGGUGCGGUGAUCAUUUUGACGACGAUUUUGGCUUUUGUAGCGAUUUGGAAAAAGAGCAAACCCAUGGUUGUGAUCUACUGCAUUAUUGCUCUCAUAGCAAUAUUCCUGAAGGUUGUGGCUUGCAUCAUUAUUUUUGACUAUUUCGUGACCGCUCAUUGGUCGUUAGUCGACUCAUACAAGGAAGAAUAUGGGGUCAAAAACGAGGUCACGGACAUCUGGGACGAGAUUCAGAGCAAGGGCGAAUGUUGCGGCCUUCUGAAAUAUUGGGAUUGGGAGGAGUCAACAUUUUAUGCAGAUAACGACGAGAAAUACCCGGAAUCGUGUUGCAAAUUGGUCGCCGAAGGAGAAUACCCGAUACAUAAAGGGCAUUGUCAGAUUGGAAGAGAUGGAUACAUACACAUUGAGGGCUGCGAAUAUCUUCUUGAGAAAUAUUAUUAUGGCAUCGGUGGAACCGCUGUGGCGAUUAUUAUCAUAGAAUUGUUUGCCGUGGUGAUGAUUGCCUGCUUGUAUCAGUAUUAUCCAUAGCAGAAGACAACAGACGAUCAUCAAGAAGAAAUGUACUUAUAUCUGUUUUGUUUGACAAGAAAUUUUCCAUACAAACAGAAACUCUUAAGCCAUCACUUAGCCAACACUUUUGAAAUAUUGCGACGUAACUGAAACACCGAGACGCCCUACCUUUUGAUAUCAAUUUGGUCAAACAGAAUUACGGUGUUCUUUGA